AGAAGCCGCAACGGCAGCGGCGGUGGAGGGUGUUGGUGGAGGCCACUGUUGUCGCACGAAAAGCGAGGAGGAACUUCAGCCGCGUAUCGAAAGCGAAACCGGCGGCGAGGUGACGUCACGAACCCGCGCGCAUGCGCACUGCGUCUUCGUUUGCGCAACACGUGCGCUUCGUUCCAGCCGGUCUUCCGUUUCCACUCGCUUCGGCGAUUCAGUGCGGCGCGGUACGUGUGGCGUCGAGCGCGCAGCCCGAGUCCCGCCAUCCACUUGUGCAGUGAAACUCGCACAACGCAGACAGCGUUGCCUGUAGCUGCUCGCCACAGCGCGGAGUACAGGUUGGAGGGGACUGUCGGAAUUGUCGGCGUGAUUUGUGAACCGUGCGUGUGCUUGUGCGUGGAACCAAACGUCUGGUCUUUUCGGGAGGAUGAGACAUUCUGAAAGGCAUCGAGUGCGACGACUACGGCUGCCGGAGACAUGACCAAGAGCCGUUGCUGCGACGACGACUUCUCGGCCCUCUCCACGAAGCUCCGCUGUCUCCUGGUCGUGGCCGUGGUCCUGAUUGUUCUGACGGCCGUCUUUCUACCCCUCUACUACCUCGUGUUCAGGCCCUACUUCGCGCAGUUCUGGACCACCCUGUUUGGAUCGCCCGCCCCUGGCUCCCACCCGGAUGAGACGGCGUCGGAGGUGCCCCUCUGGCAGGCGCAGUGCCCGGAGGUGCCUGUGCUGGAAUGGAACCGUUUCGACUGCUACCCGGACGACCCCAAGGUGACCCAGAAGCGCUGCGAGGAAAGAGGCUGCUGUUGGGUGCGCACAGACAUCGACGCGGCAGUGGACAAGGAGCGCCUCGGCAAGAGGGAGUUCUUCAGGGAUCCUAUCCCGAUGUGCAUCUUUCCCCGCAACUACGGUUACGUCAUUUCGGGGCCGGAGGAGUCCGUCUUUGGCGGCUUCCAGCUUCCCCUGCAGAGAAUCCCGGCUCCGUCCCGCUACGGCGAUGACAUCACACACCUCAAAGUCCUCGUCGAGAUGCAGACGCCUUACCGGUUGCGGGUUAAGAUAUACGACCCUUCAGACGACCGAUACGAGGUUCCUGAUCCGGUCAUUCCCGUGGAGUCUGCCCUCGAUUCGCAGCUGAAUCCGGGAGCUCAGGUGCAGAUGUAUGCGGCCAGCUACAACUUGGGACAGGACACCUUUAGCAUCAAGGUCCGCAGAGCCGAGACCGGCACCGUGCUCUUCGACACGAGUGUGGGAGCGUUGACGUUCGCGCACCAGUUCCUGCAGCUGUCUGCGGCAAUUCCGUCGAACCGCGUGUACGGCCUGGGAGAGCACAUGCACGAGCGGUUCGCCCACGACACCCACUGGCGUACUUGGAGCAUUUUCAGCAGGGACGCCUACCCGGAGGACUUCUCGAACCUCUAUGGUUCGCACCCGAUGUACAUGUGCGUCGAGAACGACCUCAAAGCUCACGCCGUCCUGUUGCUGAACAGCAACGCCAUGGACAUCCAGUUACAACCGGCACCGGCUGUGACCUUCAGGACGACGGGAGGAGUGCUUGAUUUCUACUUCUUCCUGGGACCAACUCCCGAGGACGUUGUCAAGCAAUACACAGAGGCCGUGGGUCGACCCAUGAUGCCUCCCUACUGGGCUCUGGGCUUCCACCUGGGCCGCUGGGGCUACAGGACCACGGAGUUCGUACGUGACGUCCAGAAGAAAAUGAGGGACAUGGACAUGCCACAGGACGUGAUCCAUUUGGACAAGGACUACCAGUCAAACUACCGAGUUUUCACGUUGGACCAAAGCAGCUUCGCCAAGCUCCCGCAGCUGGUUCGGAACCUGCGGAACAUGGGCCAAAGAGUCAUGCUAGUCAUUGAGCCCGCGGUCGGCUCCGCCAAGGACAAGGGAGCGUACUCCGUGCACGAGACCGGAGAGCGGCUGGGCGUCUUCGUCAACAACACCUGGGGAGCGGUGCCCAUCGAAGGUUUGGGGUGGCCCGGUGCUGUCGUUUUCCCCGACUUUGGGAAUCCCAACACGCAGUCCUGGUGGACGGAACAGCUACGUCAUUUCCGGGACACGAUGCCCUUUGACGGUAUUUGGAUUAGUGCCAACGAACCUUCCAACUAUGCCAACGGAUCAACCAGUGGCUGUCUUCAUGAUAAUCUCAACCGACCUCCAUACAUACCGAAAAUCAAAGGAAGCAGUCUGUUUGAGCGCACACUGUGCAUGGACGCCGUGCACUGGCUCAAGGGAAGAAAGCAUCACCACUACAACGUUCACAGCCUGUACGGGCACACCAUGGCGGUGGCCACUGUCAAUUCUCUGAAGGAGCUGUUCGGUGCCAGACGCAGCCUAGUCAUGUCCCGCUCGACGUUCGUGGGCAGCGGUCGCUACGUGGGCCACUGGUUGGGAGACAACGCCAGCCGCUGGCCGGACAUGGCACGCUCUCUUCCGGCCAUCCUAGACUUCUCGCUGUUCGGCAUUCCCCUGGUGGGCGCCGACGUCUGCGGUUUCUACGACGACGCUCAAGAAGAACUCUGUCUGCGCUGGACGCAGCUGGGCAUUUUUUACCCGCUCUUUCGAAACAACAACGCCAUCGACAGCACUGCACAAGACCCGUCAGCCUUCAGCGAAGAGUUCCAGGCCGUUGUGCGGCGAGCACUGCGCGUACGUUACGAGCUGCUCCCUUUCCUGUACACCCUGUUCCAUCACGCGCACACAAGAGGAUCCACGGUGGCAAGACCCCUGUUCCACGUGUUCCCAGACGACCCGACUGCACUCGAUGUCGAUCGACAGUUCAUGUGGGGAGAGUCGCUGCUAAUCACGCCGGUGCUUGAACAGGGGGUCGUCUCCGUCGAGGGCUACUUUCCGGCCGGAACGUGGUACGACUACCACACGGGCCGCCAAUUUUCUCAAGCUGACAAGGGACAAUGGCUUACCGUGUAUUCCCCGAUUUCUGACCCCGAACGUCCGUGCAACUUGCACCUGAGGAGCGGAUACGUGUUCCCCACGCAGGCACACGGGAACACCACCAAUGUCAGUCGCAAGAAUCCGAUGAAACUGAUCGUUGCACUGAACAGCUCUGGAGAGGCUCACGGCGACCUGUACUGGGACGACGGUGAAAUGAGAGAUGCCCAAACGCUGGGAGAAUACAUUUACUUGACAUUCAAGGCAGCGAACAACACGCUGACCAUCGCAUGCUUUCAGUACAAAAAACUGUUUCAGUCUACGUUCGACCAGGUGGCCAUUAUGUCCGUGCGUGUGCUAGGCUUAGAUAAGAGGCCGGCCAAGGUCGAACUGGAUGGCUUCUAUCAACUCUCGAGAAGGCAGUAUCGGUGGCAUCACAGCAACAAGGUUAUGGAUCUGAAGAAUAUUCUAAUACCGCUAAGGAAGAACACAACCGUGCGCUGGUCAAUGUCGUGACAGUCCUUCAGUUUCUGUGACAUCUAUCUCUGAAGACGACGAAGAUGAGAACGAAACUGUGCCUCGAGAUCUCUCUUACAGUGUGCUACCUUCUAAGUCAGACUGGCACGUCAGUGUGAGUUCGUAAAAGAAAAAGAAAAGCCCCCGAGGUCUCCAAGGG